UUUUUAUUAUUUAUUUAAGAAAACGCGGAAAAAUAUCCGAAGGAGAUUACACUUAACACAUCGACACUCUUUGAUCGGAGUUUCCCAAAUUCCCGAUGGCGAAGGAAACUCCGUCGUCAUCGCCGACGUCGAUACCCUCCGGUCUCAAAGCCUACACGGUUCCUAUUUUUCUCUUCGUCCUCGCUAUGUUCUUCCAGCUUUUCCUUCUUCCUCGUUCCUUUCCUCCUUCCCACUACGACGUUUUGGGUGUGAAGAUGUACAGUUCGGUGGAUGACGUGAAAGAUGCGUACGAAACUAUUGCUUCUAAGUGGGAUUCAGGUUCAGGAGAUUCUCUUCCAGCUGAUUUUAUUAAGAUACAAUACGCAUAUGAGCUGUUAACAAAUCUAGUAUGGAAAAGGGACUAUGACUUAUACGGCAUUGAUGAAUCAGUACAUAUUAUAGAGGAACUUGAAAAACAAUAUGCUUUGGAAGAUUUUGCAAAAAUUAAACUUCCCCUGCUGGAAGUUGUUUCUUAUGAGCCUGAACGUGAAGGUUUUAUGUCAAUUACGUCUCAAGACUUUGUGUCCAAGUUCCAAGAUUCUAAGCCAUGGCUCAUUCAGGUGUAUUCGUCUGGUAGCAAAAGCUCUGCCCAUUUCACUACGGCUUGGAGAAGGAUUGUUGCUUUGUUGGAUGGGGUUGCUAACCAUGCGAUGUUAGAGCUUGGCGAUGUUCAACUUGUGACCUACCUUGCUGAGAAAAAACCAACAGGACAAGUAUUUUUUAGAAAAGGCCUUCCUUCAAUCUUCUCUUUCCCCCCGAAUUGCAAAACCGCAGACUGCCUCAUCAGGUUUGAAGGAGAGCUGUCAGCAGAUGCAAUUACCGAUUGGUUCGCGACCACUGUACUGGGUUUACCUAGAGUAUUCUAUCACACAAAAGAAACACUGGUACCCAAGUUCCUCUCCAAAGUUCCACCUAAUAAGGUGAAAGUCAUUUUAUUCUCACAAACAGGAGAGCGAGCUACUCCUAUUGUUCGCCAAGCUGCAAAAGAUUAUUGGAAUUUUGCUUCUCUAUCUCACGUGCUUUGGAGAGAAGAGGAUGCAUCUUUCUGGUGGAAUGCGUUGGAGGUAGAGUCUGCACCUGCCAUUGUGAUUAUGAAGGAUCCGGGUUCAAAACCUGUUGUUUAUCAUGGAUCUGGCAACCGUACAUGGUUCCUGGACAUUUUGGAGCAGAACAAGCAAUUACAGCUUCCUCAACUAAGAAGCACAACAUCAAUGGAACUUGGUUGUGAUGCACGGGGAUACUCUCGAGCUGGUUAUGAUAAAGCGACGUGGUACUGUGCCAUCCUUGUUGGAAGACAAAGCGUGGAACUCAAUAAGAUGAGGGAAACCAUGUGCAGGGUACAAGAUGCUUUGUCAAAGUAUGAAGAAUCAGAUGAGGCAUCCAAGGAUCCAUCAAUAACUCCAGCAGCUUCUGCACACAAAACCAAGCGACUUUCAUUUGCGUGGCUCGACGGAGAAGCGCAGAAUAAAUACUGUUUCUUCUAUGUUCAAUCGGAAACCAGCUAUGACACGUGUGGGACUAGGAGGGCACCAAUUGAUGUGCCUAGGAUAUUGAUAGUUCGGUACCAUAGAAAUGCUACAGAAACUGCUAAUGUAGAGCAGAAAUCAAGUAAAUGGCCCAAAACUGUAUGGCAAUCUGAAGCUGAUGAUGUUGAUCCCGCUGCACAACUUGUUGUUAGUUACGACGGACCAGCUGAAACUCCCGAGAUCAUCAAGUGGCUAUCGAAAAUGGUUGAUGAUGGUGACAACAGAAACCUACCUUUCUAUAGAGCUAAAACUCCAGAACUUGUUCCUGAAAGCGCUGAACCGAUGAGAUCAGGAGUCCCAAAAAGCGUAAAAGCAACUCAGAAAUUGUUGAGCAUAUGGAACAGAAUCAAAGACUACCUAGCUGAUCCAAGAAUGGGACCUACAUUGCUUCUAGGAGCUUUGUUAUCUGCAGGCAAUGUUUGGUGGAUGAGAAGCCGAUCAUCAACACCACAACCUGCUCAGACAAAUCAGCCAUCACCAAAUCAACCAGACGAUAACGUGGAGGAGAAGAAGAAGAAAGAGAGAAAGAGAGAACAACGAAGAAAGAAUGCUAAGGAAAAAGAGGUUCCUGCUUCGAUCACUGAUAACGAACCUAAAGAUGCUGUCCAAAUUCUGUCUUCAGGUUCCGAUUCUGACUAAUAUACCUUAGGAUUCUUCUGACUUUUUUGUUUUGACAUUAAUAUUAUUUACUACUGUGUUUUUAUUUUUUUGUUUUCUUGGUGAAAGUCGUAGGUUUGAAAUUUAU